AUGAGCGGCUACGACGAGCCUAGCGAGCUGGACUACGAUGGGCACCGCAGGAAUGAGCAAAUUGUCGAACACAGCUACGAGCCCGAGGUGAUCCAGGAGGCCGAGCUCGACGAAUUCCAGCACAAGGUCGCGCAGCCGCCCGCCUUCGCUGCGGCUCCCCGAGCUGAGGGCGAGGAGACCCCAGAUGAAGUCAAGCAUUUUGAGCAUGACGGAUACGACUCCUCGGAGGUGAUUGUUGAGCUGAACGAGUCGCCGGCUCAGGAGCAGCACGAGGAAUACCACCACGAGCACUACGAGCAGCCUGAGCCCCAGCACGAGACGAUCGUUGAGCCUGAGCCCCAGCUCCCGCAAGAGGACUUCCAGCGAACCGUCGAAAUCGAGCCGAGCAAUGAGAACAAGACCCCCAGCCCGCCUCGCGGACGCAAAGUCAUCACCGACUUCAAGUUUGAGGAGGCCAAGCCGGCUCCCAAGGAGGACCAGGGGGAGAAGGAGAUCAAGACUGGCACCGUCAAGUCGUUGAUCGGGAUGUGGAACAACCCCGCCGAGCUGGGCAAGGGCAACGGUGGCAAGGACAAGAAUUAUAAGACCGAAUAUGGCGUCGGCGCCAACCGCCCAACUCGCCAGCUGCGCACCAACUGGUGCGAA